UUUUCGCCUACUGACCUCGAAUUGUGGCGUAAAAAGUAGAUGGAGCAGAGUUGAAGAGCAAACACGCUGCACACCCUUCGAACUCAGUCUUGUCCGUCCAGCUAAAGAGAGAAACAUGGCUCCUACACUGCCAGAAGACAGCUCAUCAAAGACUUUCAAUGUCCUCCUUACUGGAUUUGGACCUUUUGCUUCCGCCAAAGAAAGUAAUCCUUCAUGGGAAGCUGUCAAACUGCUCGCACAGCGUGGACGUGACUUUGAUGUCCUUGUCAACCAUUGUGCAUCUCCUGGACCUGCCUCUAAGACUGUACAGGAAAGAAGACGCGUGCAUCUAGAUAUCGUCUUCAUGCCAACCGUUUUUGACACAGUCAUGGAGAAGAUACCCAUCUUUCAUGGUCGUCUCAAUGCAUCGCCUGCUGCACAAGACGAUCAGGACAGGCAAGAUCAAUUUGAUCCUACAAGACACUAUGACUUGUAUCUACACGUCGGACAAGGUCGUCCAGGUGGUGUGAAACUGGAAACGCGUGCACAUCACAAGGGUUACAAAAAGGAAGAUGUUCUUGGCAAGCUACCGCCAUUCAUUGUAGGUGACCAUGCAGGCGAGCGUGGGUACCCUCUCGCUCAAGAGCUAGAGUUGACUUUGGACGGCUGCUUGGAAACUCAAAUUGAUGGUGUUGCGCUAGCUGAACGCCUCGCACACAACCAUGAAGGUAUCAGCAUAUCAACGAGCCAGGAUGCUGGCCACUAUCUGUGCGACUUCAUUUACUUUGCAUCCCUGGCUGAAGCAGCACUCGCUGCACGUCGCUCACGAGACACGGCGAAAGCUGCCAAGGUUCUGUUCGUACAUGUAUCACCGCUGGCUGAUCCCAUGUCACUAGAACAAAUGGCAGAUGUGCUCUAUAGUCUCAUCACAGCGAUCUGCGAAUCAGCGUAGUGGUAAUGGAUAAUGCCAGGGAUGCUCAUAUGCUAUGCCUACAGACGCCUCACGGCUCUGGCGCGAACACCACCAAACUUGAGGGGUGUUGCGUCAAUCACCUUUGUGAUGAGACCACGGUAGUAAUCACCUUCUUGACCAGCGAGUGCCUUCAUGACAGCUUCGCGACCGAGUCCGAAUUCUUUGAUGACCAGCUCAAUUUCACGCGGCUUGAAGGGUGCUUUCCGCUUCUUGGCGGCAGUCUUUUGAA